AUGAUGCUUCCCGCUCCAGGGAAGUAUUCCACAGUUAUUCACAGUCGAAAAUUGGACCUAUCGUAUAUAUUGCCCAAUGUUGCAGUUUGUUCUGGACCUACAGACCAUAAAGCCAAAGUCUGUGCUAAUAACAUAACUGACUUGGUAGAGGCGUUAAAUCGUAACCACGCGAAAAAUAACUGGAUGAUCGUGAAUCUGAGGGAAGAAAAAAUGGGCUAUGAUCCUUCGUUAGUCACACAUAUGGGAGGGGAAUUCUUAUACAGACCGUUCAAAGACCAUAGUCCUGUUCCCCUGUUCUCCUUGCUGGAAACGGUUGUCGAGAUUGAGGAAUUUCUUCAGCAAAGUCCCAACCAUGUGGUGGUCGUACACUGCAAGCAUGGCAAGGGAAGGACAGGAAGCAUAAUCGUGGCGUAUCUGAUGUUCAAAUUCGGAUUAUGUUUUCGAGAAGCCAAUGAGGUAUUCCAAGAACGCAGGAGAGCUUUCCGUACAGGUAUUACCAUCCCGUCUCAAAUUCGUUACAUGCAUUAUUUUGAGUUCUUCUUACGGGAUAAGAAGAGGCAGCAGCUCUAUCGGCAGUUGCUGAAGAGCGAAUUCCAGGCAACAGAUGUUAAAAUUAGAGUAGUGAAUCCUAGUCGCUCGCUGCUCGAUAAUGCAAAAGACAUGCUAGUGACCAUCAACGGAGAAAGAGCAUCCUUACAAGAUGCUGAAAAUAUGCAAAUCACAUACUACUGUGCGAUUUCCCGUGAGCCAGAUAUGGUCGUCCGAUUCAAUUUCAAUUUAAAUUCGAUUCUACAAGGAUUGGGUCGGGUCUGGAUCAACACUAUAAUGGAAUAUAUGUACCAGUAUUUGGCCACCAAACAGUCUUUCAAUUAUUUUGAGCGGCCCAAGUCCAAAGUGAAGAAAAAUCCCACACAGGUCGCUCACUGUCUUGUCACAAUUCCUUGGUCUGAACUCGAUGGAUUCAAAGGAACUAAAAACAAGGGUGUCAAGCUUUUGGAGAACGUGGACAUUGAAUUUACCGCUACUCUAAAGAAUACAGAAGAUAUGGUUUUCAUUCAACGCCAGGUUGCCUUGGCCGGUAUGCUUGGCAUGAAGAAAUAA